UCAAUGUUGAUCAAGUAGAAUCGAGUUCUAGAAUGCUAUCACUCUAGAAUACGGCUCUACUCCUGCGGCAACCAUUUCAAUCAUGAUUAUUGCAUUAUUGUUGGUCGAGUCUUCGUGCAUUUGACCAAGCCCAUCCCUCUCGCGACAUUUAUCUACCUCAAGAUACGUCACAUGAUUCAAGGAGUCUGGGUUCUCUUGGCGCCAUUUUUCUAAAAGAACCCAAGAUGGCGGCGUUCGCGGGAAGAACUCUGAGUAGUGUCAUAUGCGAAGCAAAUGGCAAAGUCAAAUGCACCGAUAUAUCCAUGCCUUGUACUGAUUUCAAGAUUGGUAAAAUGAAUGUUUUAAGACUGGGAAAAGCUAAUUCUUUCAGUAUAUCAAUUCAACAAGCUGCUGGACAACGUUCAUCAUCAAAGAAAACUGUUAUUCUAAAGCCACAUGAGUUUAAGUUGAGUGUGAGGCCUAGUAAACUCACCAUUACCUUUGGAUACAACAAGACUGCAUUGUCAAUUGUAGAGGCAAAAGAAACUGAAUUGAAGGCACUGGUUGAUUUACUAAACGCUAUCAAUGAAGGGAAAUUUUCAGAACGUAAAGAUAAAGAAAUCAGUUCAAGACUAAACCAAAGGGYUGAGUUAUCAGAAACACUUCAGCGAAAUGGCAGUUUAGCAAAUGAUGAGAACCAACCCUUAAACAGAAAUGUCCAAAAGAAUACAAAUGCAUUUGUCCAGUCAAGUGAAGCAAACCAGUUUUUGUCUACUGGACCAGAUCACAGCCAUUCUCCUUCAAGGUUAGAAUCAACUACUCACCUGGGAGUUAAGAGGAAGCACACUCCAUUCUCUUCCAGAAGCCUAAAUUCUUCCUAUGGAUCAAGAUAUUCAAGUCCAUCUGUAUUAGUCAAAAAGCCAUUUAUCUCUCCACUGCAGGAAAAAUCUCCAACAGCUGAUCAAAGUAGCACAAAAUCAACAUCAUCCUUUUAUGGUGCCGACUCUCCAGCCUUCCAUGGAAGGAAAACAAUUGGAUUGCCAAAAAAUUACAGGCAAAGACCACAACUAUCAAGAGACUCCAACAGCUUUUCCUUUAAAGCAAGUGUAAAGAAGCCAGUGUUUGCAUCAAAUGAAGUCCAACUUACUGGCUUCUCAAAUUUAGGUAAUACUUGCUACAUGAAUGCCAUUUUGCAGUCACUUCUUGGUAUUGACCCAUUUGCUCAGGACCUCUGCAACAGGAAACUCCUGGAUAAAAUACCCAUGCAAUGCCUUUACAAAUGUACAUAUGGAUUACUUGCUUGCAAGAAAAAUAGUUGCCAACAAGAUCUCCAAAGUUUACACCUCAAGAAAUUUAAGAAGACCAUUUCACAAGCUGCAACAAGAUUCUCUGGACAUUUACAACAUGACGCACAUGAAUUUCUUUGUCAAGUACUUGAUCAACUCAAAGAUGAUGUAAAUGCCUUAGAACCMAAAUCUGAGUCUGACAGUACUAUUGAAAGUCCUGCUAAAGAGGAAAUCAGUAAUCAGUGUCCAGUGAGAAGAACCUUUGAAUGUGGUGUGAUGCAUACAAUCACCUGUAAAGGCUGUGGGGAAAGUUUGAAUAAAGAAGAAAUCCACCAUGUAUUUUCACUGGAUCUGCCCACAAUGUCAUCAGAUGGAAAUGUGUCCCAAGUAAUGAAAAAAUUAUCAAUAGACAAGUUAAUUCAAGAUUAUUUUGAGGAAGAGGAACUUGAAUAUUGCUGUGAAGAAUGCGGCUGUAAGGAAGCCGUUAUCUCUCACACCUUCAGCAGAUUACCAAGGGUUCUUAUUCUACAUCUCAAACGAUAUGACUUCAAUACCUAUACUGAUAAACACGCUAAGAAACAAAAUGACAUACAGAUUAACAGAUUCAUAGACAUUGGUAAACUUUGCAACAGCAAGACAAUGCCCCCUUUGGACUUCAAGGUCGAAAAAGUAAAAUUGAGUCCAGUCAAAACAUCGCGGUUGGUCAAGCGUCCUCCACCAGAUUCUCAAUCAGAUGACGAUUUUGUUUCCUCUACCACCCCCACAGUAAGACGAAAACUACAUCAAGAGUUUAACACCACCCCAAGAAAAAGAAAAGUAGAAAUGAUCGAAGGUGAACCUACUGACCAUAAAGAUGACACCAGAAAUGAACGAAAACACGCUGCGAACGAUACCAACAAGGAAGCAGAAGAACCUUCCAAGUCUUCAGACUUCCCAUUGAUCGACGAUUUUGACGACAUCGAUAACACUCCCCUUGAAAUUGAAACUUCUAAUUCCGACAAUGUGGUGGACCUUGUCAAUAUGUCUGAACAGCAACAGAUUGAAUGGGCCAAGCUGGAGAGCUUGAGGUCUACCAGUAGUAAUGGGAACUACGAGGAUAUUGAAUGCAAAAAGACUGAAGGCACAAGCGAGUUCAAUAAUUCUUCGAAGAUAUCAACACAGUCUGCCACAUCAGGAAAAAUAAACGUAAAUGUGGGAAAUAAGAAUUUUGGGACAGCUGAUAUAAAUGGUGAUAUAGGGGAUAUGGACGUAGAUAUGGACUGCUCAGAUGAAGAUUUGCUAACAGUGUAUGAUGACACUCAACGGCAAGACGGUAUUAGUAAAGAUGAGGAGAGACAAGACUCAGAGGUUCAUGGGUUAAAAGGUGGUGCGCGAAUAGGAGAUACUAGAGUAAGCGCACCAGUUCGUCAAGUGUCAUAUAUAAGCGAUGAUAGCGACCAGAGUGGCUUGGAUACUAGCAAGAAAAACUCUACCACAUCUACCGGUAAAACCUACCUUUUAAACAGUAGUGAUAGCUCUGAUACCUCUUUUGAUGAGGAGGGAAGGAAACGUUCAAAGGAUAACAGUCUCUGCUCACUUAUGGAUCGGCGGCCUGUUUUGAGCAAGUUUUCCGGCGGUUUGUUAAUAGAAAGCGAUUCCAAUGAAAGCACUUCGAGGAAAAAUUCAAGAGAUUCUUUUAAAGAGAAGCACUUCGUCAAAUCUAUUGCUAGUCCUUUCAAUGCAAAGUUCCAACCUUCAUUUAAGUACGGCAAAAGUGAUUUUUCUUCACCCAAGCAUGCUGUAAAAAGUAGUCCUUCCUCUCACUUCAACCGCUCACCACAUACUGCGAGUAAGCCUAUGAAGAGCUACAGCAGGACAGAAGUACAGAAUUACAGGACGAAGAGGGAUGUGGUACAGCCGGAUUUUGAUGAAGAAGAUGUUGAAAAAGCUAUACGAAGAAGCCUACAUGAUCAGGUACCAAGCAGCGAUGACGAACAAGUCAAGAAAGCAAUAGAGCUAAGCAUUCAAGAGUCCAGGAUGGAUUACUGUCAGGAUCAACAAGAUGAUUCCAAUGAUGAAAAAGUACACAGUGUUCGCCAGACAAAAAGAGCGCUCUCUCCGCACCACGAUUUCCAGAAUAACUCCAUAGACUCAGGCUACCAGGGUGACGAGGAUCAUGUGUCUUACCCUUAUCGUCUAGUCAGUGUGGUUAGUCAUCUUGGAGACAAAUCUUUUGCAGGACACUACAUCAGUGACGUGUAUGACUGUGCCAAGGACGAGUGGACUAGCUAUGAUGACUUGAAUGCCAUCAAGAUCGAUGAACACCGAGUACGUUAUGGACGCUCUAGACAGGGAUACAUAUUUUUUUAUUUGCACAAACAAUGCGUCGAGGCUGUCAAAGGCUAACUACCAGACUCGUAAAAAUCUAUUUAAAAAAAUUACUAUCCAUGAACCCUGUUCUGGUUUCUUUAACUAUUGAAGAUUUCUUAGGAGUGGAGCGUACAAUUCCUUCAAACACUCAAUUGGUUUUUCAAUCAAAGGAUUAUCGUUGGAGAGUGUAGGUUUCCAAGUGUUUGAUUGUCUCUUCGUUAAAAGCCAUGAAAUUUUCAUGUUACAAAAAAAUCUGCUCCGUUUUGAAUGAAUUUAGYGUAUUUUUAUUUUAGAGGUUUUUUGGAGGAUUUGAAGUUUUCGUAAAGUGGGAAAAAUUGUACAAAUAUGUGAAUAAAUUUCGAAUGGUUCAGUAUGAGAAAUUGCAAAUUUAAUGUCACACAAAUUGUCUUUUUAGACUAUUAUUUGGAAAAUAAAGAAUGAAUGAAUGAGUUUCUAUUUGAUUAUUCCAAAUAACUAUUUAGGCUCCAAGUAAUUGCUGGGUAAGUUUUGUUACCUUCGUUUUUGCACUGAUGUAGCAUGCUACACGGUGUAUGAAUAGGAAUCAUAGUAACCACACCAAACUAAAUUACUGUGAUACAAGAAUUUCUGCACCAUUUUAUACGUAUUUCAUGUGUGGCAGAAGCAAAAAAUCUUUGGGGGGUACUGCAAAAAUCUUUGGGGGCACUGAAGAUUAUAUUUAAYGMUAUGUGAUAAUGACAAUGUUUUGUUUGAUUGCAGACGCAUGCACCGUAAAACAAUGACUAAGAACCAACAUUUUGUGGGGGGGCAUGUGCCCCCUGGUUCCGCCGCCCCUGUAUUUACACAAGUUGCAUAGAUUCUUAGUACACUAUUAGCUUGAAUUCAAUUUGGAACGUGUUGUUGAAUCCACAAACCUUUUAGCGCAGCAUUUUACCUGACAUCAGUUUUUUGCACGUGGGUUCAAUACUCACUUGCCAAUCAAUCUUUGUAUUUACAGAUACUACAGUGCUAGCAGCAAGGAGCCUCAACUAUUGAGGCUGGUGUAUUGGGGCUAAAUACUGUUAAUAUUUUCAUACCAGAUAUCUUGAGUGAUUCCAAGAGUUCUUAAACUCUAAUUUUCCCUUUUUCAUCAGCCAUAUUUUCAGUUUCCAGUUGUUAAUAGCCAUCAGAAAUAGUCAUCCCUCUGUAUGUUUAUGUGCAUUGUGAACCAAUUUCCUUAUGAAGAGAUAA